AUGCACCUUUUCCUCAAACUACCACACUGUGCGCUCUCCAUUUCCAGACCCAGGCUCUUCAGACGACCAUCCCCCCCGCAGAGCAUGGCUGAAGAAGGACUGUCCUUUCCACAGGAGGUCAAGGCAAUCGAUCCCAAGCUCCUCACCGCCGCAAUGGGAGGAAGGGCCGUGCCCCCGGAGGAACCUCUGCUCUCGACUUUCGAGGAGGGCUUUGGAUACAUCACCUCUGCUGCAGUCAGACGUUCGCUAAAUGAGUAUCAGAUCGUCCGCAAAGUGCACUUCUUUAAGCUUCCCUCCGUCAACCCUUUUUUGAUCAUAAAGUUAGCUGGGUUGGGCUGCCAACUCCUCCGUGUGGCUCGCGCUGGUGCAUUUUUGUAUGCGGCCCAAAUGCCAAAAGUGUCUGCAUCCUCAAUUUACUGA